AUGAGUGGCGGAUGGAACACCAUCGAAUCCGAUGCUGGCGUCUUCACCUACCUGCUCGAUAACCUCGGCGUCAAAGAUGUCCAGUUCGAAGAGCUCCUUUCCCUCGACGCCUCCUCGCUAGCCGAGCUAUACCCCGUCUAUGGCGUCAUCUUCCUCUUCAAAUACCCGACGGACACGCCAUACCGGGCCACCGACAAGCCGCUCGACGGCACGUUCGACCACGAGGCAUCAGAGAAUCUCUUCUUUGCGGCGCAGACCAUCCAGAAUGCCUGCGGCACGCAGGCGCUGCUGAGCGUGCUGCUCAACAAGACGGACCCGUCGGCGGGCGAGGCCGGAUUCGUAGACGUGGGUGCGAUGCUAGGAGAGUUCCGCGAAUUCACGAUGGCGCUGCCGCCCGAGUUCCGGGGCGAGGCGCUCAGCAACUCUGAGCAGAUCCGAGAUGUGCACAACAGCUUCGCGCGCAGCAGCCCGUUCGUGGACGAGACGCAGCGGCAGGCGGACGAGGGCGAGGACGCGUUCCACUUCAUCGCCUACACGCCGGUCAACGGGGUGCUGUACGAGCUGGACGGCCUCCAGCCGGCGCCCAUCAGCCACGGGGCGUGCGGGCAGGGCGAGUUCCCGGAAAAGGUCAUGGAGGUGCUGCAGCGGCGGGUCGCGAGGUACGACGCCGCCGAGAUCAGGUUCAACCUGCUCGCCAUGGUGAGGGACCUGCGGGCGCGGGCGCGCGAGCUCGGCGACAUGGACCUGCUGGCCAGGGAGGAGAGGAAGCGCAACGACUGGCGGUUCGAAAACGCGCUGCGGAGGCACAACUUUGUCGGCUUCGCAGGAGAGGUUCUCAAGGGCGCCGUGGGCAUGAAGCUGGGGGAGGGCGAGGGCGCGUACGACAAAUGGGUCGUCCAGGCCAAGGACAAGCUGAAGAAGAGGAUAGAGGAGCGCAAAAAGGGCGGCGGCGGUGGAGGUGACGAUGUCGAGAUGCAGGGGUGA